CCCACCAAUUCACCUAUGUCUCAGGCGGUGCCACCUCAGUCUUGGGCGCCGCCGCUGUCACCUUAAAAAAAAGAUCCAAAAACACAGAAAAAGCGGCAGCACCUGAGUCUCAGGUGGUCUCGCCGAUUAUUUUCUCCAAAACACAAUAUCUGUGUCAAUACUUUUUAAUAUGCCAUAUUGGUGGUAAAUUAAAAAAAAACAAUAUUUGUUUCAUUUAUCCGGAUAUUGUCAGCCCGAUUUCAAGUCGACAAAGUAGGUUAAAGAGUCGUGAUUGAAUCGAUUUAGCAUGUUUAAUCUAGACUAGAUAUGUAAAAUAAUUAUUGAUGUCACAUCUAUUGCGUACAGUAGCCAGAAAUAUUGCUAAGGUGGGUCAAAAAAGAAAACAUAGCAUAAAUUAUAUUAAUCGUUUACAAUGAUCCACGACGUGUUUUCAUAAUCUGAAAAGUAUUUAACAUACAUUCAUCAUCGAAACUGUCAAAGAUGUCACUCUUAAGGUAACAACCUAAAAAAUUGUUCAUGAUGUCAUCACUCAUCCUAUUCUGAAGUGUGUUCUUCACAUAAUUCAUAGCAAAAAAUGCUAUUUCCACACUUGUCGUGGCAACUGGAAGCAACAACGCCAAUUUUAGAAGUCGAUAGACUAGUGGAAACCCUCGAUGUUUUCUUGACGCAACCAUUUCUCUAGAAAGCUCGGCAAUUCCUUUUAAUCCUGCAAACCUCUCAAUUGUCUUCAUAUCAAAUAUAUAAGCAUCUAGUUGAUGAAGGUCAAGAUGUAAAAUAUCAUCUUUAGCGAACUCAUUAAGGAGUCGUUUGGAUGAGGGAAUGUAUAAACGAGAGAUUUAUGGUCAAAUCUCUCAUUUAAAACCCUAGAGAUUUGAUAUGUAGGAUUUGGGUCAAAUCCGUCGUUUGGAAUUGAAAGUAGGUAUUUAACCUAAUAAACAAAUGUACAAUUAUGCCCAUUUUUAUGAGCAUCUAUCUUCAUCUUCUCUUCUAUCUCUUUCGUCGGCGCAGAUGGCAGCCAUGACACUCCUCCUCCCUCCAUCUCUGUUGUCGUCUUCCAAGGACAGUACCAGCGUCGCUCCAUUUCUUCUUUGCCCACAAAAAAUACAUCCCAAACCCAAAAUCGACCCUCUGUAACCCAAAACAGAACGCCCAAUCCUAGAAAUUGGUUGUCAGAGAGGAGAUAUGUAAGGGAGGGUUUUGAAGGAGGAAAAGCUGGGUUGCGGCCGGCGGCGCGAUUCGAAGGUCCGCUAAGAGAGAUCCCCUCACGAAUUGCUCCCCUGAGUGCCUCCGUCAAUCCAUGUGGUUACUUGGGCUCUGGCGCCUUCCAUCGAUAAGAAGCGAUUAGCAAAACCCAUCUCAAAUCCCACAUGGGCUCCAAUUGAGGGCAGGGAAGCCAUCCGGUGAAAAGUAUCGAACCUCCAAUUGACAAAUCCAGAUUGCGACGGUGAAAAGCGGCGAACCAACUUCAACGCCGCUCAAUCCCUGGCUUCUGUCUUGGCAUUUGUGAUGUUGGUGGUGGACGACGACGACAAGAUUGAGAAGCCCAGUCGAUGGCGACUCAAUCGACGGGAAGGGUGUUAGCUGCUGGCGCCAGUAGGGAAAAUGAUUGGACUGAGCAAGAGUUUGGACUGAGCAAGAGUAAUUGGACGAAAAGAUUAACGGAAGGUUACAACCGAUUAGGGGUAAGAUUUGGAAAAAAAUGAAAUAAAAAUGAGAGAUUUAGAAAUAGCUUAUGGGCAUUAGUUAUUUUUAAAUCCUACAUUUGUGGGUUUUUAAAAUCUCUCAUGUCCACAAUCUCUCAUCUUCGCAAACACAGGAUUGUUUAAAAUCCUGCAUAAUGAGAAAUUGUUUUAAAAUCUCUCACAAAUUCAAUUAACAAUCCUGCAUCCAAACAACCCCUAAGAUAAAAGGUAGCAAGCUUCACCAACUUCUCCUUGUCAAAGUUUACAAAUAAAUCAUCUGGAUUUAAGCAUGCCACACACCAUAUCAAUUCAAUGUUGACUUCAUCAAAGCGACUGUUAAGCUCUUGUAACUGCAUAUCCACAACUGUAUAAAAUAACUCAACCUUGUAAUGGUGGAGAUUGGUGAUUUGUUGAGCAUUUCUUCUAGGUCGCCCAAGAGGAAAGUAUAGAUCAUCCAUGUUGACAAAGAAUACUAGCUCACCGUCAACAACGAGAUGAAUGUGGAGCUGGAGUCGAAGUCGGAAUCGAAAUUAAAGAACAAAGCAAUCGGAGCAGCCCUUUGUGGAAUGGGUAUUUUUUCCGCUUUGUGUGAGUUUCGUUUGGUUCAGGGGACGAGCUGAUGGCUGCAGCUAUCGUUUUGGGGAGGAAAGUCGAUAGGGUUAGGAAUUGUGAUGGGCAUUGGAAAAUAGGCGAAGUUGUUGUUUUUAAUAUCUGAAAUACUAAACCUUUAAUAAUUAACUUAAAAGUUCACCUUAACUCAACAUAUAGCCAGUAGCGUGGUGGCUGAAGUGUUGUUCCGAUGUAGGGUAAGGGUGGGUCAUGAGACCUUCCUUGGUUGCAUAUGGCUCCGGAAGUGGGUUAGGGUGAUUACUUGUUUUUUAGUAAUCAUGAUGGCAAUCUCUUUUACCCCCUCCCACCGCAGCAGUCUCCCACCCCUCUGUCACAUGUGGCAGAUGACAUGGCGCCAACAAGGUGACAACAUGGCAGCAGCACAUGUGGCAUGCAUGGAAGACUAGUAGCAUAGAGAUGCUCCUAGGAUUCUCCACCAUAAUGUAGAGCUUUAUAGUGCACUUAUGAGUCACAUAAUGGUGACAUUGAUAGAGUGCAUAAUGGGGGGACUUAAUGGGGGUGUAUUGAUGUAGUAGAGGGACUUAAUGAGGGGCAUUGAUUCCUUGUAUGUGGAGAGGCCUAUAUAAGGAGCCAUCUCCCUCAUUUGUACUCAUUCCAUCAUUUUUUAGAGUAAUACACACUAGAGAGUUCUCCCAUUUCCUUUGUCUUUGUUCUUUGCUUUCAAGUGAGUUGAGAGAAAGGCUGCCUAGCGCUCUAACGGAAUUGAGAGCUAGGGCCGCACGAUCGAGAGUAAGGUCGUGACAAGUGGUAUCAGAGCCUGGUUCGGCUUUGUGCUAGCAAAGUUGAACCUAGAGCCAGAAGGAAAGGAAGAACCUCACCAAAAAUGUCGGGAUCAGAAGUCCACGACGAUGAGAAGCACCGUGGAAGGGAUGCCGUGAAGAAUACCAAACCAACGGGUGAGAAGUCAAGCACUCGUGAUCCCAUGACGUCUCUAGAGAGGCGUGUCUCUAGAAUGGAGGUGAAGUUGGCAGAAGACAUCAGUGCCAUCGAGGAUUUGGGAGCAAACUUCACCCAAGUCGAAAGCGAUUGUCAAGGUAUGAAUGCUCGUUUGUCGAGCUUGGAGAUUGGUCAUGAUGGCCUACGAGAAGAGCUUGUGGCCCUCAUCAACAACACCAUCAACACAUCCUUGAACAACGCCAUUGAAGUUGUCAAAGAGCAUGUCCAGGCUGAGCUGGUCGGCGUGAAGGAGGAGAUUGCAGAUCUCAAGAGUGAGGUCACCCUCGUGAAGAGAGCCAUGGCUAGCGGACCAGCCACGGUGCAAUCCGUCCCACGUGCUGAUAUUCCAAGACCGAAGAGCUUCGGAGGUUCACGGAAUGCGAGGGAGUUAGAGAACUUCCUUUGGAGUCUUGAGCAGUACUUCAAGGCGUCCGGCAUCCAAGAGGAUGAGGUAAAGAUUCGUACCGCUCCACUUUACUUGGUUGAUGUUGCCAUGGUGUGGUGGAGGCGACGUGAAGCGGACGUCGAAAGAGGUACUUGUGUGAUGGUAACGUGGGAAGAUUUCAAGAAAGAAAUCAAGAGGCAGUUCUACCCAGAGAACGUGGAGUUUGAAGCCCGUUCGAAGUUGAGAAGACUCACCCAGAGGGGUGGAGUUCGAGAAUACGUGAAAGAAUUCUCGGAGCUGCUUCUAGAGAUCCCGGACAUCACGGACAAGGAGGCCAUGCACGGCUUCCUUGAUGGGCUGCAACCAUGGGCCAAGAUGGAGAUGCAACGUCGAGGGGUGCAAGACCUUGCAACUGCCAUGGCCACGGCAGAGUCUUUUGUCGAGUACAAACGACAAGAGAGCAGCGGCAGAGAGAAGAGUUCGAAGCCCAACAAGGGUGGAGAACAGCAGAAGCCUUUCAAGGAGGGUCCUCGCACUCAACAACACCAAGGUGGUUCGAGCAAAGGGGGUAAGUACGAGCCAAAACCCAUGACUUGCUUCCUUUGCGACGGACCACAUCGAGUGCGAGAUUGCCCAAGGAAGGCGAGAUUGGCAGCCAUGGAAGCUCAAGAUGAGGAGCCCAAGGCGGCGGAGGCCAAGAUUGGCUCAAUCCGCAAGCUUGGCGCGGUGAAGACCGACGUCAAGGAGAGCAAGCGGGGGAGGUGCUAUGUUCUGGCGCAAUUCAUGCAAGGCGAGUCAAAAGCCUUGGUGGAUACCGGUGCCACGGACAACUUUCUUCGCGUCGAGGAGGCAAACCGGCUGGGUAUUGCCUACGAGAAGGGGCAAGGGAGGCUCAAGACGAUCAACUCGGAGUCCAUCCCGAUCCAUGGAGUUGCUCACAACGUACCAAUGAAGCUUGGCGAGUGGGAAGGCCUCGUCGACUUUUCCGUCGUCACCAUGGACGAUCACCCAGUCAUCCUCGGCAUCCACUUCCUCGACAAGGAGGGAGUGCUUUUGAAGCCCAACUCCAACACGAUGUGCUUGGAGAAGGAAGGGGAGUUCCAUUCGGUUCAUCUCUUGAGAGAAGAUGGUCCCCAUAGUGCUCUAUCGGCCAUGCAAGUGGUAAAGGGGUUCAAGAAGAAUGAACCAACCUUUCUUGUGUCCUUGAAGACGGAGGAAGAAGGAGGCUCAACGGGAAUCACAACUCCCAUCAUCGAAGGUGUCCUCGAAGAUUUUGAUGAUGUGAUGCCAUCGGAGUUGCCCAAGAAGCUGCCACCAAGAAGAGAGGUGGACCACAAGAUCGAGUUGGAGCCAGGAGCGAAACCCCCUUCGCGAGCACCAUACCGCAUGUCGCCACCGGAGUUAGAAGAAUUGCGAAGGCAACUCAAGGACUUGGUGGACGCAGGCUACAUGCGGCCAUCGAAGUCACCUUUUGGAGCACCGGUGCUGUUCCAAAAGAAGAAGGAAGGGUCGUUGCGGAUGUGCAUCGACUAUAGAGCCAUCAACAAGUUGACGGUAAAGAACAAGUGGCCGAUUCCCAACAUUGCCGACUUGUUCGACCAGCUUGGAGAUGCGAUGUGGUUCACCAAGCUAGAUCUUCGCUCGGGCUACUAUCAAGUGCGGAUAGCAGAGGGCGACGAGCCAAAGACGGCUUGUGUGACGAGGUAUGGCUCUUACGAGUUUCUUGUGAUGCCAUUCGGUCUCACCAACGCACCAGCCACGUUUUGCACUUUGAUGAAUCAAGUGUUCGAGCCAUUCUUGGACCGAUUUGUCGUGGUCUACUUGGAUGACAUCGUUGUGUAUAGCAAAACACUCGAUGAGCAUGCCGAGCAUCUACGCCAAGUCUUCCAAGUCCUUCGCGACAACGAGUUGUACGUCAAGAGGGAGAAGUGCACAUUUGCCGCCACGGAGGUUCCAUUCUUAGGGCACGUCAUUGGUGGAGGCAAGUUGAAGAUGGAUGGAGCGAAGGUGCAGGCAAUCCAAGAAUGGGAGCCGCCGACGAAGGUGCCGGAGUUGCGGUCAUUCCUCGGCCUUGCCAACUACUAUCGGAGGUUUAUCAAGGGCUACUCCAACAUUGCAGCACCCUUGACGGAUCUCUUGAAGAAGAACAAGGCGUGGGAUUGGUCGGAAAGGUGCCAAGAAGCGUUCGAGGCCUUGAAAGCAGCGGUAAUAAAGGAGCCCGUGCUCGUGCUCCCCAACCCGACGUUGGCCUACGAAGUGCAGACCGAUGCAUCCGACUUUGCAAUUGGGGGCGUGUUGAUGCAAGAAGGGCAUCCCAUUGCCUUCGAGAGUCGGAAGCUCAGCGAGACGGAGAGGCGAUACACCGUUCAAGAGAAGGAGAUGACGGCCGUGGUGCAUUGCUUGCGCACAUGGAGGCACUACUUGUUGGGGUCAAAGUUCGUUGUGAAGACGGACAACGUGGCAACGAGCUACUUUCUGACGCAGAAGAAGCUCACCCCUAAGCAAGCAAUGUGGCAAGACUUUUUGGCCGAGUUCGACUUCGUCAUGGAGUACAACCCAGGCAAGGCGAAUUCCGUUGCCGAUGCUCUUAGCCGCAAGAGUGCAGCCGCAAGCAUCAGCCAGCCCACGUUUCCUUUGAAGGAGCGGAUCGUUGAAGGCCUUGGCCAUGACCCCUUCGCCAAAACCGUAGCGGAGUACAUUGAGCAAGGUAAAACUCGGCGGUUUUGGAUGAAGGAUGGGCUCAUCAUGACCAAGGGAGAGCGGAUGUUCGUGCCAAGAUGGGCCAACUUGAGGAAGGAGAUCAUGAAGGAGUGCCAUGAUUCCAAGUGGGCGGGCCAUCCCGGUAUCGAGAGAACGCAAGCGCUCAUCGAAGAAGCAUAUUUCUGGCCGCGUAUGAGAGACGACGUGGAGAUGUAUGUGAAGACUUGUCUUGUGUGCCAACAAGACAAGAUGGAGCAGAGAAGCCCGGCAGGCUUGCUAGAGCCCUUGCCCACGCCUCAACGACCAUGGGAGAGUGUGAGCAUGGACUUCAUCAUCGGACUUCCCAAAGUCGAUGGAUGUGGUUGCAUCAUGGUUGUGGUGGACAGAUUCUCGAAGUAUGGAGUGUUCAUUCCUGGGCCAAAAGACUUAACGGCGGAGGAUGCGGCACGACUAUUCUUCAAGAACGUGGUCAAGUAUUGGGGCAUUCCUAGCAGCAUCGUGAGCGACAGAGAUGGGCGCUUCACGAGCAGAUUUUGGCGAGAGUUGUUCAAGAUCAUGGGCUCAAACUUGAACUUCUCAACGGCAUUUCAUCCUCAAAGCGACGGACAGACGGAGCGGGUAAAUGCCUUGUUGGAAGUGUACUUGCGGCACUACGUGAGUGCAAACCAACGAGAUUGGGUGAAGUUGAUGGACACGGCACAGUUCUCCUACAACUUACACCGCAGCGAGUCGACCAACACAAGUCCAUUCGAGUUGGCGACGGGGCAGCAACCUUUGACACCUACGACGGUGGCAACGGGGUAUAGAGGCAACAGUCCGGCGGCCUACAAGUUCGCUAAAGGUUGGCACGAGAAGGUGGAGAUGGCCAAGUCUUACUUAGCCCGCGCUAGUAAGAAGAUGAAGAAAUGGGCGGACAAGAAGCGACGGCACUUGGAGUUUGAAGAGGGAGACAUGGUGAUGGUCAAGUUCUACCCUCAUCGCUUCAAGCAUCUCAAGAACGUGCACAAGGGACUGCUUCGCCGCUACGAAGGGCCAUUCCCCAUCGUGAAGAGGAUUGGCAAUGUGGUAUACAAGGUAGAGCUGCCGACGCACUUGGAGAUCCAUCCGGUCUUUCAUGUGAGCCAACUCAAACCUUACCACGAAGACAAGGAGGACGAGCAGCGAAGGGAGCCGCAGCGCGCACCAACACUCGUCACCAAGACACACGACCAUGAGGUCGAAGAAAUCAUGGCGCGUCGUGUCAUUCCUCGUCGCGGCGUACAUCCAAGCUUUGUGGAGUACCUAGUCAAGUGGCGCAACCUUCCGGAGAGUGAAGCAACAUGGGAGAAAGAGCUCACGCUUUGGAAGAACAAGGACUUGAUCGAGGCAUUCCAUCAAGAGGACGCGACGAGGGCGUCGCGAGCAUAGGUGGGGGAGGAUGUCACAUGUGGCAGAUGACAUGGCGCCAACAAGGUGACAACAUAGCAGCAGCACAUGUGGCAUGCAUGGAAGACUAGUAGCAUAGAGAUGCUCCUAGGAUUCUCCACCAUAAUGUAGAGCUUUAUAGUGCACUUAUGAGUCACAUAAUGGUGACAUUGAUAGAGUGCAUAAUGGGGGGACUUAAUGGGGGUGUAUUGAUGUAGUAGAGGGACUUAAUGAGGGGCAUUGAUUCCUUGUAUGUGGAGAGGCCUAUAUAAGGAGCCAUCUCCCUCAUUUGUACUCAUUCCAUCAUUUUUGAGAGUAAUACACACUAGAGAGUUCUCCCAUUUCCUUUGUCUUUGUUCUUUGCUUUCAAGUGAGUUGAGAGAAAGGCUGCCUAGCGCUCUAACGGAAUUGAGAGCUAGGGCCGCACGAUCGAGAGUAAGGUCGUGACACCUCCCACUGCUCCCUCUCUUUAUGUCUCCCGCUGCUCUCUCUCUCUCUCUUAUCUCUCCCGCUGCUCUCUCCUUCCCUCCCUAUCUCUCUAUCCAUUUGUCUACGAUAGAUCUUGUAAUUACCAUAUGGUAAUUUAGUAAUGGUAUUAAUUUAUGAAAUGGUAUACUUUGUUUAGGUAUUAGUUGAUUGUUUUGUUGUAUGAAAUGGUACAGUGUGUUUGUCAUAAUGGUAUUGAUAUAUUUUGGCAAUGCUAUUGUUUUGAUCUCAAAAUAGUAGUGGUAUUGAUUGAUUUUGGUAUUGCUAGUUUUAGUUUAAUGGUUUUAAUUUAUUUGUGCAAUGGUAUUGUUUUGAUUUCACAGUUGUAGUGGUAUUGGUUGUUUUGGUAUUUGUUUGACUUUUGUAAUGGUAUAGAUUCUUUAUAUUGGUAGUUUUCGUGUAACGGUAUAGAUUUAUCUCUGCAAUGGUAUUGAUGUUUUUCAAAGUGGUAGGGGGUUGUCUAAUGGAUUGGUAGUGAUUUCGUGGUUUUUCUUUUGCAGAAAGUUUGAGAAAACUAUGGAAAAGAGAUCUGGCUGGAGAUUACGGAAGUGAGAGAAAGAAAGAUAAUUAUAAUUAAUAGAUUUUUGUAACUACCUAAAAUGUAAUUUAUUUUUCCAUACCCAAUUUACCUUUAGUAACCACGGUGAUUACUACUUUUGUAGUAAUCACUGUAACCGCUCUGCCACUGAUUGCGUAGUUAUAUUAAUUAUUUGGGUUAAUACCUUAGUUUGGCCCGAACUAUAGACAAACUUUCUAUUUUGGCCCGUGGUACCAGAAAUUACUAUCUUGACCUGAACUAUGUAGCAUACUUCCUUAUUUGGCCCGGAGGCGGGUUUGACCGUCAAAUUAGAUGGUCAACCGAGUUGACCGUUAGUCAAGGUCCAGCUCACUUGCCACAUCAGCUAGCAGGAAAUAAUUUUUUUAAAAUUUUUUGUAUUUUGUUUACUUUCUAAUAAUAAAAAAUAAUAUUUUUUUUAUCAUACAAAUUCUUUUUGUUGGUGGUGUGGAAGAUGUGAUCGACAUUCAUCAUAUAUAAUUUUUUUAUAAUAUCAAUUUUUUUAUUAUUAGAAAGUAAACAAAAUACAGAAUUUUUUUUUGACAAGGAAAUAAAAUACAGAAAUUAAAAAAAAUUAUUCUCUGCUAUGUGGCAAGUAAGCUGGACUUUGACUAACGGUCAACCAAGUUGACCGUCCAAUUUGACGGUCAAACCCACAUUCGGGCCAAAUAAAGAAGUAUGCUACAUAGUAAUGCUAGAAUAACAAUUUCCGAUAACA